UUGCUCGAUCGCGUCCUCGAUUCUUCCAGCGACGACUACAGCUCAUGCUGACGCAGGAGUCAAGUCAGUUCGCCAGUCACUCGUUAUUCAGAUAUUCGCGAGUUGGAGCUUGGUCCAGGGUUUUCAUCCCGAAUCAGUGAUUAUAGCCCGGCUAAGGCCAGUGACGCUGUCUAACUCGACUAUCGUUGGCCUGACUCGAUCUCAACGACGUCACCCUUAAUACAGCUUAAUAUCGGUGGCUGUGGUUUAAGCCCCUGUCGUUAUUCUCACCUACGUUACGCGAACUCGACGGGGUCCACAUUGUACGAGAACAGUUGGAUUCGCCAUUGUAAAAAAUUUCGGGCAAAAGAUUCUAGCAGAAAAGGUACAUAAGGUCAUUAGGAAGCUCGAGUUGGGGGAACUGCUGGUAUUCUAAGACUCCCUGUUCAGACCCUUUCAAUGGCUUCCUCCGAGGUUGACCAGAAGUUCCUUGGGCGCCUCGCGAAAGCCGUCGAGCCCAAUAAUGCGCUUCUCGCAUCUAUGCUAUUUAAGAUCCUAGGCCUGUCCAUCAACGUAGCCGGUCAGCUCGUCAAGGCUAAAAAGCAGCGCCGUCUCGAUACCACGCGCUUCACCCAGUCCCUCGAGCUGUACUUCCACAUCCUAUGGCUCUCCCGCGAAGGCCUCGUCAUGCUCGAGCAGUACGUUCUCCCCAUGGUUGGCGAUCACGGCGAGCUCAAGGUUCUCGCGUACAAGCUACGCGCUUCCUUCUAUCACAUCUUUGUGUUGUUCCAUAACGAUCCCCCGGUUUCGCCUAUGGGCAUCGCCAUUGCGCCUCAGGGAACGACGAUGCCAGAUUUCGCGAGGAUGAUGACGCCGCAGCGCUCUGACAAGGGCAAGGGCGUAGAUAGGGCCGAGCCAGCUUUUGCGCACCCUGAGGAAGGCAGGUCGUCAGUGCAGCCUACGCAUCCGGUGGAACAGGGGAUCCCCGUUGGACCGCCUCCAGGUUUCGAGUCGCACUCACAAGCCCAGAUGUAUCCGAUACCACCACCCGAGGCAGCGGCCGCAUUCUUACUGCCGUCCGUGGACUACCUACCGACGGCGCACCAGUACUUCCGGGAGGCGUGCGCGCUGGCGGACAGCCUGCUAUGGGGCUCGCACUCACUGCGGUUGUCAGUGAAGACAGAGUACGCGGCGUUUUUAUACGAGUGCGUUCACGACCGGGAGGCGAGCCGGAAGCUAGCAAAGGACACGAUCGCUGAGGUGUACGAGUCAAGCGAGGGCAUGGACGACGAUAUGUUCAACGACGCGUGUGAGCUAGUCACAGUGCUAGGGAAGAUGAUGAAGCGCGGGUUAGGUAGCGGCGGACGCCCGAGUCCGAGUGCGACGGCUAACACGGGAACGGUGUCCCAAGGAGGCGGCAGCACGGCGACGAUCGUGCCCCCUAUUCCGCCGGUGGGCAUGGAGAAUCCGAUAUGAGGGGAUUUAAUAGCGCACUCGAUUGAUCGAUUUAUUGAUUGAUCUAGCACGAUACGUUAAGUGUAAAUUUGGUUCCGGAGUUACGAAUUAUACACAGGGGCGGUAGUAUGAAGCAAACGAGCAAACGAGCAAGCGGCGGAAAUCUAAUACUACGCGCGACGAUGUUCAGGGCACCAUUGGUCGCGGAAUUCGGAAGAUCUGCGGCACCUUGGACAGGAAAAUACGAGAUACUUGGAUGCCAGUCCUGUUCGGCGGAGUGAUACAACUUUUCCUAUUCAUAUAUUACUCGAGGAUACGGAUCUAGUGCUACUACUUACGGUCAGCUUUGACUAGAUCGCGUCCAACGAUCACAGACGCGGCCCAAUAUGAUCUAGGUGUCUAAAAAUACAAAUAAUAAUACGUUACA